AUUCCUGGGAUAACUGGGUAACAUUCCGGGUCAACAUUAGAUUAGAUUAGAUAAAUUUAGAUUACAUUAGAAUAAACUUUAAUGUCAUUACACAUACUGUACAGUACAGGGCAACGAAAUGCAGUUUAGAGCAGUCAGUGCAGGAUAUACAGUAGACACAUGUAUGGAUGAUAUUUACAAAUGGGAUGGAAUGGACAUACUGUAACUAUGAUCAGCGGUUUACAAUAGAUGAAGAUAGGUUAGCAUAUAUGCUGUUGCUAUAGUAAUCAGGGAUAUGCAAAUAUAGGGCAGUGCGGUGGGUAGCACUGUCGCCUCACAAGAAGGUCCUGGGUUCGAUUCCCGGAGGCGGCCCUGGUGCCUUUCUGUGUGGAGUUUGCACGUUCUCCCCGUGUUUGCGUGGGUUCUCUCCGGGUUCUCCGGCUUCCUCCCAAAGACGUGCAUUAGGUUGAUUGGCUUCUCUCCAUCGCCCGUAGGUGUGAGUGUGUGUGUGAAUGGUUGUCUGUCUAUGUGUUGCCCUGCGAUGGACUGGUGACUCAUCCAAGGUGUACCCUGCCUCUCGCCCGUAGCCGGCUGGGUUAGGCUCCAGCACCCCCGUGACCCCGCACUAGGGAGUAAGCGGUUCAGAAAAUGGAUGGAUAUGCAAAUAGAUACAGACGCAAUAUAAAUGUUGCUAUUAACGAUAAUCAGAAAUUUACAAAUAGAUAAAGGUAAAUAGAUAUUGGCACCUAUAGUAAUGAGAAAUAUGCAAGUAGAUAUGAAUAUGAUGUACAGUUGCUGUUUAUUAUAAUCAGGGAUUCACGUAUUUACAUAUACAGUAGAGGAAUCUAAUAUAAAUAUAAAUUUUCAAUAGAUACUGUAUGUGCAUUUACAGGUGUAUGUGCAGAGACAUGCAGUGAUUAUGUGCAAUACUGCAAUGCUUAUGAGGUGAAUGUAGAAGUGUGUGACUGGGGUAAAGCAGUCCGUGGAGGCGGAGUUCAAUAAGGGACAGCUCUGGGAAAGAAGCUGUUCCUCAGUCUGCUGGUUCGUGUCUGGGGGAAGGUGUCUGGAAGCCCCCGCCCGAGGGCAGGAGAGAGAACGGCCCCCUGGUCGCUUCCGGGUCGGUACUUCUCUGAUGUUGUUUCAUGGACUGUUCUUGAUUAAAGCACAGGCGCUUUAUGAACCGUAUUCACAGGAUCGACUCAGGUUGUCAGCAUGAAUCAGCAGAGGUGUGUUUGGUUCUGUGUUUUAUUUCUGUCCCAUCUUCACUAGAAUUUAAAUACGACGAUUGAUCAACCAUCAUGUGAUAAUGACCCUCAAAGCUCCUGACCUCUGUUGUGGUUCUGUUCGUCUUCCUGCUGGUGGCGGCGCCUCGGGUCCGAGUGUCCGUCUGUCAUCAGAUCAGUAUCAGCUUAAGCUCAGCAGAUCUGAGGACGACAGUGAAGCCACCACGGACGCCUCAGAGGUUUGUGGGACCUUUGCCUGUUUAUCUGUCCGGGACCAGGGGACACAGUGUGUAGCACCGGCAACCUGACCAAUCAUCAGGCCCGGUGUGUGUCUGUGGGGGAGGAAGAGGAAAAGGUGACCGUUUCCUGCUGCAGCCAGAAAAUAAAACAAACAGGAAACAAGAAGCAGAAACUGCCAGAGUCCAACGAGGAGCAAGUGGAGAAGCUCGAAAGCAGAACCACAGGAAGAAGGUCAGUAGAACCAGGCAAACAGUGAUCGGUGUGAGGGCAACAGAACCAGCUGAAGGAACAUCAGAACCACAGCAGAAGCUGUGGAGAAGGAACGAGCAGCUCGGAUCUAGAAGGACGGAGACAUGUGACAGAGCUGAGAAACCAGACAGUUUUCAUUGAGCGAGAGAAGAAGAAAAGGUUCCUUCCCCGUUGCCCCCCCUCCCCCCGCUCCAUCAUGCCCAUCCUCAAAAACCUCCCAGUCCGCCUGAAAGGUGGUGGUCCGACUCUAGAGAACGCUUGGAUCCUGCGCAGGAUGAGCCUCAACAUCACCCCCCACCAUCACAACCCUUUUGACGAUGACGACAAUGACCGCAUCCAUGGCAACGGAGACCACGGCAACCACUGGUCGCCCAACAGCUCGCUCCUGGACGGCGACGUGCCGAGGGACCGCAACCCGUUCGAGGAUGAGGAGGACGAGAAUGAGGCCAAUGAAGGCAAGAAAGGGGGAGGAGGUUCGGUGAAAGGUUCAUUUAAGUUCAAGUCCCCUCUGAAGACCCUGGGAAAACUGGGGAAGAACCUGAGGAUGUCAGGGAGGAGCAAAGGAAGCACCCCCCCCUCCCCACAGGGGUCCCUGCAGGGAACCCCUUCACCGUCAGAGAAGAAGAAGAGGGGCCGGAGGAGCUCUGAAGGAAGUCUGCUCAGGUUUGCUGGAAAAUAUCGUGACACCAUCGGUUCCCGAAAGGAGUUCAACGCGGAACUGAACUGUUCAGAGAGCGAGUGCGACUCCACCAGCCGCCGCCUGUCCUUCAUGAAGAUGGUGGGUCUGGGGAAGCUGAAGAGGGAGUCCACUGCCGAGCGCUCGUCUCAAGGCCCCGAGGAGGAAUCGGUUCAGGAGGAGGUGGUGGAGGAGGUGAAACCCAGGGAGCCGCUCUCAGUGCUGGAGAUCCUGCAGCUGGUGAAGAAGCGGGACCUGUUCCUGGCAGACGCCCACAUCCUGGAGCUGGAGCAGGAGUGCUGUGCGUCCGCCGGCGCCGAGCAGCUGGACGAUGGCGCCGGCCCAGGCCUCAAAGACGGCGGGCGGAGGAAGGCCAAGGACGUGGAGCUGCUGUACGAGGAGCUGCAGAAGGAGCUGUGGGCCGUCGUCAGGGAGUCUCUGCGCUGCCCGACUGCGGGGCCCAACCUGGGCCUGGUGGUUCAGGUGCUGCAGCAGGAGGAGCAGGCGGACGCAGACUGGUCCAGCAGCGGGGGGCCGGCCCCCGGGGGCCCCAGGCCCCGGCAGCUCAAGCGUAAGUGGAGGGAGGCAGUGGAGGACGUGGCCGACAGUUCUCUGCCCCAGAGAGCCGAGUUCACAGCCGGAGAGCUGGACAAGUACCUGGACCGGCUCCGAGCCCGAGUGGUGGAGGACCUGGGCGCCGCCAACCGGAACGUGGUCUCCAUCUACCCUGAGGAGUAUCAGGCCUUCCAGGUGUAUGUGCAGAGCUACCACCAGGCGGUUGCUAAGCGACUGCAGGCCAUCACCGACAACCAGCUGGAGACCACUGACAUCUACUCACUGCUGGACUGGCUGCACAACAUAUACAGCAGAGACGUUCUGGGCACCGUGUGCAUCACGAGCCCCUUCAGCCGCUCUCAGCUCAGCCCUCUGCUGCCGGCCGAGACCGUGGACCGGCUGGAGCUGGACUGCCUCAACUCUGUGAGGGCCAAAGUGACCACGGAGCUGAGCCAGGUCCUGGACGAGGAGGAGAGGAGGUGGAUGGAGACGCUGCACAUCGAGGAGUAUCACGUCACUCUGGCUAAGACUGUCAUACAGAGGCUGCAGGUGGACCUGGAGCGUUCCGCCUCCGUCAGCAGGACUCUGGGCUCCAGAGUGGCUCAGUGCAGCCUCAACGGCCUGGCCGACUUCUUCUACAGUUUCCAGCGUAAAGUGGAGAUGUUCCACGAAGGGAUGCAGAGCGGCAUGUUUGGAGACAACGAGGACGGAUACGUGUCCAAAACCAUCGCACUGGUCAACUGCUGCCCCCCGUUCAGAGGCUUUGUGCAGCGCUGCGCUCAGUGCGAGCCAUCAGCCAGCGAGGACUCGCUGCGCAGAGCCAACAAAGCUCUGGAUCACGUCGUGCAGCAGGGAGUCCGGGUCCUGUCGGAACGGCUGUACCUGCACAUCCGGUCGUUCUUCGAGCGCCUGGUGAAGAGGAAGUGGCUCAGCAACUCUGAACCGUACGAACAGAUCGAAGCUGUGAUCAAGGAAGACUUCAAGAAGUACCGCAGAGUGGACAGCCCUCCGUACCAGCUGCUGGUGGCCGAGGUCCACCGGCGGGUGGUGAUGGAGUACCUGCGCUCAGUCAUGCGGGGCCGAAUCAUCUGCACCUCCACGAAGAUGAGGAAGAGGAUGGCCGGCCGGCUCAGAGACGAAGGCAAACAGAUCAAAGCCCUCUUCAAAGACCUGGAGUCUCCGUCCAGCUGGUUGGACAGCUCCCUGUCUCACAUCUCUGAGAUCAUCCAACUGGAGGACGUCCCGUCCAUUCAGAUGGAGGUGGGAGUUCUGGUCCGAGAGUUUCCAGACAUCAGGAAGAAGCAUGUGUCAGCCAUCCUAAACAUCCGGGGGAUGACUCGGCAGGCGCAGCGUCAGGAGAUCCUCAACAUCGUCAAAGACAUCGAGUGCUGUGACGGCGGCUCGGCCCGACUGUCCCGGGACCGCGCCCUCUUCUCGGAGGUGCCGGUCACCUCGGAGGUCCACUGCCUGAAUGUGGGCCUCAGCCGCAUGGCGCUCACCGCCUCUUCCUGCCUCACGUCUCUGCGACCACGCCGACGCAAAGCCCGUGCACCCGUGCAGGAAAACGCCGACGAAGUCCUCUGAAGAGACGUCCUCAGGACGGACAGGAAGGGAUGCGGCCAAGAUACAUUUAAUGAAUGGGAGAGAGACGUCCAUGAAUGGUCACGAGCAUCAUCAGGCAGAGUUUGUCCAUUGUGUGAAACAGUGUGAAACACCCAGAGCUCAUGGGACUGAUAGUGAUAUUAUGAUAUUAAUGAGAUCAGCGUGGAAUCACCCUGAUUUCCUUUCUGGUGGCAGGUUCAUGAAGAGCAGCAACGUAAAAACAGUCUGAGCUGUUACUGGAGGGAAACGAUAAGACGUACUGUAAUCCCAGGAGGAUGGCGACACUAAACUAGACUCAUGACGAGGGGUGAGAGCUGCUGCAGCCUCCAGCACAAAGAUGAUAAAGCACAUUUUAAUCAUAGAAACACAAACACUCCACAGUGGAAUCAGUUCUUGUUAUUAUACCAUAAAUUGGAAAAUUGUUUUUAAGCAGAUUUCACCUGUAAAAAUAAAUUGGUGGAAGUCGGUGUGUUAGGAUCAAAAAUGAUGUGUUUUAUAAUGAUCAUAAGUCCUGAGGUUUUCAUUCGUAACUUCAGAUACAUCAUACAUGACAUUGUUUGGUAUGUCUGACCUUAUGUUCAUUAUGACCCUGACAUCAGUUAGCAUAGCUAACAUAGCAUAGCAGAGCAUUAGCAAUUAGCUAACUGAGGCUAAUAUUAUGUGGCUCGCUGAAUAACACUUAAGUGGCAUUGAUCAUUCAGGGCUUCCUAGUCUGCAUAGAAACAACUGGGACUGAGAUUUCCAAUCUUCCUUCAAUUUUGAAGCUUAGUGAUAUUGUUUAUUGUGGGACCAGCAUCAGGAAAAUUUCAAUUUUCAAUCAAUUUUUAGACAUAUGAGUUUCACUGUUACUGUACCAGUAUAACCAGCAACUACAGUUCCAGCAGAACUCAAUAACAGGUCUUCUGCUUCGGGUGCAACAACUGUACUUGAUGAAAUGGCAGCCUCCCACAUCAAACGCUGAAGUCAGGACGUCUCGACGUGUGUCCGCAGCAGAAUGAGAUUUCCUUAUCUCUUCUAUCACAAAGCGUGUUGCUUCAACACAUACUCCUGUUUGCUUCUACCAAAUCAAGAAUGAUUUCCUGCACUCAUCAUCUUCGUUUAACAGGAUAAACAAUGGCUACGUUUGAUUUCUGGACCUAGAAGGCACUUUAUAGAGGAUCAGAACACGGAACACAGUUGUCUGUGCUCAGGUGGACUAAAGUAAUAAAACAAAUCUGAACUUGGAUCAGCUCAUCGGCCUCAUUGGAUGCUGUCUGGACAAAUAAGAUGGAUCCUGGAACACUUGCAGGUGGAUGCACGAUGAAAUUCAGGAUGUUCUUCACGGUUUAGUUUAAAACCUGGGACCUGCAGAAUCUUCUUGACUUAAUAAUAACAGAAGUAUGACCUUGUUUUAAUCAAUGGUACUAGGCACAUAUUGGAUUGAAAGCAGUGAUUAUAUGUGGGUAUGAUUUGAUUAUGUUGAUUUUUUGGUGGUCGAAUAUUACUGAUGUUUACUACAUAAUACCUGAUGUUGAUGCAGAAAGUUAUUAAAGGAGAGAGGUGGCACUGCUGACAUACAGCCUCACAUUUACUCACUUUGUGUGUUUAAACUAAAAUAUUAGCAGUAACAUAAAUGUAAGUCAUCCAUUGUCUUAGAAUUAAUGCCAUCCUGCCAGACGGGGGUCAGAAUCAUUUUUUGGGGCUGAUGCACAUAUUCAGAUUAGAAACGUUGCCUGAAGGCAGAUGUAUGAAUCUGUAAAUGAAAUAAAGCUGAUCAGGUGACUGUUGUUUUUGGUUUGUUGGUUUGUUUUAGGUUAAAUAAAAUCAGUUCAGAUCAGUG